AUGGCUAUGGUGCCAUAUUCCUCAGCUGUUGGUAGUCUGAUGUAUGCAAUGAUUUGCACGAGGCCAGAGAUAACCCACGCAGUUGGUGUUGUAAGCAGAUUCUUGUCUAAACCAGGCAGAGAGCAUUGGAAUACUGUGAAGUGGAUUCUCAGAUAUCUCAGGGAAACCUCCAAAAUGAGUUUAUGCUUUGGAGGUGGAAAACCUGAAUUGAUUGGCUACACAGAUGCAGACAUGGCAGGAGAUCUUGAUUCCAGAAAAUCUACUUCAGGAUACCUGAUUACAUUUUUAGGGGGAGCAGUUUCAUGGCAAUCAAAGUUACAGAAAUGUGUUGCUCUAUCAGCUACAAAGGCAGAGUUUAUUGCAGCUACUGAAGCAUGCAAAGAAAUGCUAUGGAUGAAGCGAUUCCUACAAGAAUUAGGGCAAGAGCAGCAUAAAUACAUUUUGCAUUGUGAUAGUCAGAGUGCGAUCCACAUGAGCAAGAAUCCGAGUUUUCACUCGAGGUCGAAGCACAUUGAUGUGAGAUAUCACUGGAUACGUGAUGUGUUGGAGUCUAAGCAAUUACAGCUUGAGAAAAUCCAUACUUAUGACAAUAGUUCAGAUAUGAUGACCAAGUCCUUACCUAAGGACAAGUAUGAAUUUUGCAGAGGAGCAGCUAGACUGCUAGAGCCCUCCACCUAA